AUGCAUCCACGUCGAUCUGAGGGUCUCAAAACCGCUAUCGCAUUCUGUUGUCUGAUGUUGUCGGCGUUUCUGAAUUUCUUUCUGUUGACGGUGAUUCAUGACGUUGUACCUCGUCAACCACUUCCUGAUCUCACUUUCAUGAUCAUUCCACAGCAAAAGUGGGCUUGGUCCGUAGGAGAUGUGCUCUCCACUGUCAGUUCUGUGAUGGCAUUUACCGUUGUGCUACUUCAUCACGAACGAUGGGUAGUUCUACGUCGAAUGUUUCUUCUUGGUGCAAUAAUGUACGGGUUACGGGCUGUUGUUCUAGGGGUUACCUUUCUUCCUCCAUCUUUCCACGAUCGCGAUGAAAUAUGUCUUUCCCAGGUGAAUCGAUCAGCUAUGUACGGCAUGGAGAUUGCAACU